AUGUCGCGAGCAAUUCUGCUUCACGUGGAUGUGUUGCGUGGACGCAAUUAUCCGCAGACGGAGGAUGACCCGUGUGCGUGCUCAACUCGUGUGCGUAUUUUUCUCUUUAAGAGUGAUCUACAGGAGGCCCUCUCCGAUGUUUUUACAACUGGACUUCAGGAGAAUUCCAAUGCCCCCUUUUACAAUGCGGGUGUGGACUUCGAACUCCCUAUGGGGCUGGAGAAAGCCUUGUUGGUGUUGGAGGUGGAAGAGGUGACGCGGCAGACGGAGCCGUAUAUUAUGUUUUAUGGUGUCCAGCAGGUUUCUUUUGCGUCGAAGGGAAAGUUUGAAGAGGUUGUUGUCUUGACGUCAACCAAUCCCCUUGAAAAACCAGAGAAGGCAGCGCAGGAGGCCAUGCAGGCCGCGGAGAGUGCGAUGCAGUGCCCGGUGCUCAGUAUUCGCUACAACGUUGUUCGGCAAAAGAGUGUUGAGGAGGUGAAGGACGUACAUGCGGAUGUUGAGCUACUCACUUCCCCAACACUGACGGGCUCCUGCUGCAUCAUCCCAAAGGAUUCCCAGUACGUUUGGGUCAACCUCAUAUCUGACAGUCGAUGGGUAGAUGCGUUUCACCACGUGCUUGUGAGUGAAUGGAAGGAUAGGGCUCCGCUGGUUUGUAAUGCUGCGGCGGCGGAGUCCUCAGUGAAUGGGUCAACAAAAAGUGCUGCCGCGACGAAGCCCCUGCCGCGAUCCACGCCUGUGGAUGAUGUGCGCUCGAUUGGCGAUGUCAUUAUGAAAAGGUGGUGCUGCCUUCGCUCACAUGAAGUGCUGACACGUCUGCGGCUCUGCGCGGAGGCCUUCAACAAUGGGGAAAAGUCGUUUAACUUUACGCGCGAGCGGGAGUUGUCCUAUCGACUUCAGCGCAAGGAGCGUAUUUGUCUUUUGCAGGAGUUGGCGCGGGCUUCGCUUUGCAAGAUGGGUGUCUCUGAACUUCGUGACACUCUGGACCACCUUUGGAUUUUCUUCUCCACAGGCAUCAAACACGAUCCGGCAGGUACGCGUGUUCUCACCUACGAGACACGCAAGAAGAUCAGGGAGGCUGGGUUUGACUGCCACGACAGGGCGGUCCUGCACUCAAGCAUUCUCAAUCUUCUUAUUCCCUCGCUCACUGUGGGGCAGUGCAACGACUUUGCCGCGGCGGACAUGAACGAUACGGCGGCGGUGGAAAACAAUUCUGCAGCAAAGCCCGCAAGCGCAAUUCGUGUUGACCAAAACAACGCAAUGUCUGCACUUGCCGCCGAGGUUGCCUUUGCGAUGGCACUCAUUGAGUACAUUGGCGCUUUGCUGGACACCCUCACGGAGACGGAGCUUCUGGCGGCUCUCAAGGCCUUUGAACCGGCGGUGGUCAAUGCUCAUCAGCGUAUUAAGGCUGACGCCAAGGAGGAGCUCAAACGUGCGCGCGGCAGGCUCAUGACGCAGCCUCAGCGGGAGCUGAAACCGUAUGUCCCUGGUGAGGGUAUUAAAAUUGACCAUCUGGAUGUUUUGGGACGCAGGAAGAAAAGCAUUCAUCUACGUUAA